AUGCUAGCACGCAACCUUACUGCUGCUUUUACUGAACAGCUCCGCGCCGUCAUAAAUGGGAACUCGAGGACUUCCCAUUCUAGUAGACGCAAUAAAAACAGGCGGGAGAGAUCCCGAAUCUUUCCAAGUAUCAGCAAGACAGAUACACGAGAUGGCGAAUCCAAAAUCGCCUCUCAAGAUGCUCGUACCUUCCUAGAGAGCAAGAAACGAAAGACAUCUGAGAGCGUCCAAUCUAUGGUGGAUAAACAAAGGGAAGAGCGGAAGAAAGCACAACUCGCCGGAUCUAGCCCUCCCUCCAGUUCCGCCUACAUACCGCGGAAUGAAACCGGCAAGAGUGUCCUUCCGGAAGAGCCCAUACCAAUAUUCUCUCCACUGGCCUCGGAGAUACUGAAUACUCCCAAUCAAGGGAAAAUUAAAAUCCCAAACAUGGCGGCCUUCGAUGGCACCUCCUGCCCGGAGGAACACCUGAUGGUCUACAAGAAUUUGAUGCUACUGUACACCACUGACUCAUCGCUGUGGUGCAAGUUCUUCCCGACUACUCUUACUGGAGUAGCUUUGACAUGGUACACCUCCCUUCCAGGAGGAAUUAUCCACAAUUUUGCCCAGCUAGAAGGCAAGUUUCAGGGCCACUUUGUAGCCUCAAGAAGGCAGGAGAAAUCAAACUUCCACCUACUCAGCAUUACUCAAUUGGAAGGAGAGUCCAUAUCCUCCUAUCUUAAGAAGUUCCACGAGGCGGUACUAGAGGUGACGGAUUUGGAGAAAUCAGUCGCCUUAAACGCCCUAAUCAACGGAAUGAAGGCUCAAAGGCUCAAGUUCCAGUUGGUGGAGAGCCAGGUGAAGACAUAUGCGGAGGCCAUGAAGCAGUGUCAAAAGGCGGAAGUCAGACAAGAAGGACGUCGCAACUCCCCAUCAGUCCUCGAGGAACGGAGAAGAGCCCCGUCGAGGAGGGAAAGAAAUUACAUGCCGCGUCGUCCCGCGCCCCCGUCGGACAUGGGACCUCCACGACCCCGUCACGUAUAUACCACCGAGGGGGAAUCCAGAACGCGCAAUUUGCUUGAUGGAGGUAACGACCCGAUGUUUAAUCGGAAUAGAAGGGAUAUUUUCUUCGUCGUUCGUGACAAAUUGCCAGCUCCGCCUCCCACAACCACUCCGAUGUUUAAUCUGUGGUGUGACUACCACAAAGAGCACGGCCAUACCCUGGCCCAAUGUCGCGAACUCAAACGUAUCUUGCAUCAACUGGCCGAUGAAGGAAAGCUUUCCAGGUUCCUCAACAGGAGGGACUAUGAGGCGGGAAGAGAAGCGAAUAGAAGGCCGUGGAAUCAAAGACGCGGAUCCCCCAAAAGAGAAGAGGCGAGGCGUGAAAGUUCCCACACACAAGGGACCAUCAACAUGAUUUUUGGAGGAUAUACUGAGGAAUAUCCUACCGUUCGCGCCGCGAAAGAUAGCGUCCACACUCUGCUAAAGGGACCUCCAUUGACCGUAUCCAAGGGACCGGUUAUGAAAUUCGAUGCCACGACCUCGCAAACACUGCAACAGCCCCAUACUGACCCUCUGGUGGUCACCCUCAAAAUUGGACAGAUGAAAGUCAAAAGGGUACUCGUGGAUACCGGAAGCACGGCUGAUCUCAUUACAAUGGAGUGCUUGAGAAAAAUGAAGUUUGAGGAAAAGCACUUGCAGCCCCUAGAUAAGCCGCUGAUCGGGUUUGGGGGAAGUCAGGUCAUUCCGCUAGGAACGAUCAUUCUCCCCGUGCGCGUAGGAGAAAGAAAUGAAAGCAGGUCCAUGCCCAUACGUUUCACGGUAGUGGAUCUCACUUUCCCCUACAACGCCAUCAUGGGACUUCCCCUCAUUAACAAAAUCAAAGCUGCAAUCUUUCCUCAUCAACUCUUGCUGCAAUUCGAGCGGGAUGAUGGGCAAGUUGGCAUCCUCAAGGGAGAUCAGGUAACGGCCCGCCAAUGCCUCAUAAACACUCUGAAGCGUGGACAUUCGGCGACACCCGCCAAGAGGGAAAGGGAAGAUCAAGAAGCUCCCGCCGUCAUGAGCGUGUAUAUGGAAAACCCUAGCACACAUGAAAGGCCUCGCCCCAUAGAACGAUACGAGGAAGUAGACAUGUUUGAGGGGAAGCAAGUCAAGAUAGGGAAAGAUAUUCCUGGUACGAUCAAACAAGAUAUCGUGGCCACCAUUGUUGAGUUCCGCGACGUCUUCGCCUUCAGCACGGAAGAAAUGCCUGGCAUCCCUACUAGCGUCAUGUGUCAUAAACUUGACAUAAGACCAGGCCACAAACCAGUGAAGCAAAAGCUGCGGCAUCAAGGAAAAGAGCGGACCAAGGCCGCCAAAGAAGAAGUUGAAAAAUUGUUGAGAGCCGGAUUUAUUAGAGAAUGCAAAUACUCUGAUUGGCUAUCCAAUGUCGUCCUCGUGAAGAAACCGAAUGGCAAAUGGAGGAUGUGCGUCGAUUUCACGGAUUUGAAUAAGGCAUGUCCCAAGGACGACUAUCCACUCCCAAAAAUAGAUCGCCUGGUGGACUCCACAGCAGGCCAUGCGCUAUUAAGUUUCAUGGAUGCCAAUGCCGGAUAUCAUCAGAUUCAAUUGGCGCCGGAGGACCAACCACACACGGCCUUCAUUACUAACAUGGGUGUCUACUACUACAAAGUCAUGCCCUUCGGGUUAAAAAAUGCUGGAGACACCUAUCAGAGAAUGGUAAACAAGGUUUUCCAAUCUCAGAUUGGACGGAAUUUAGAGGUAUACGUGGAUGACAUGAUAACAAAGAGCAAGCACGCAACUCAGCACGUCGCGGACUUGCGUGAAACGUUCAAUACCCUCCGUAAACACCAGAUGAAGCUCAAUCCGGACAAGUGCGUGUUCGGAGUCACCGGAGGAAAGUGUCUCGGCUUCUUGGUAGACGAGCGGGGCAUCGAGGCAAAUCCAGAUAAGAUUCAUGCCAUUCAAAACAUGAGAUCCCCCACCUCCGUAAAAGAAGUACAAAAGCUCACGGGGUGUAUAGCUGCUCUAGGAAGAUUCCUUUCAAUGUCCGCGGACAAAUGCUUACCUUUCUUCAAAACGAUAAAGCAACAGAAAUUCGAAUGGACCGCGGAAGCAGAAGAGUCUUUCCGUCAGCUUAAGGAGCACCUAUCGGCCUUGCCAAAACUAGUUUCGCCCAUCAACGGGGAAAAGCUAGUCUUAUAUGUCUCUGUCUCCGAAUACUCGUUAUCCGGAGUGCUUGUGGCGGAAAGGGAAAAGAAGCAGCUCCCAAUAUACUAUGUGAGUCAUGCAUUCCGUGGCUCGGAAGGGAACUAUUGCGAAGUGGAAAAGCUAGCAGAUUUCGGCAUCGAGUACGAACCUCGAACAACAAUUAAAGCACAAGCUUUGGCUGACUUUAUUGCUGAAAGCACUUCCCCCCCUCCUGCUGAACUCAAUCAAGAAUGGAAAUUGUAUGUAGACGGGUCUUCAACACAAUCGGCGAGUGGGGCCGGGCUCCUCAUUGUGUCUUCCGCCGGGGUCCGUAUGGAAAGGGCGGUCAGAUUCGAGUUCGCGGCAUCCAACAAUGAGGCCGAGUACGAAGCAUUACUGAUGGGGCUGAAAAUCUGCUAUGAGGCAGGGGCUAAAGAAUUGGCCGCAUUCUCUGACUCCCAAUUAAUAGUGGGGCAAGUAAACGGGGAAUUCGAGGCUAAAGAUGAUAGCAUGAAAAUGUAUCUGCAGCAAGUGAAGGACUUUGUUCCAAAGUUUGAUAAGUUCACGUUGGAGCACAUUCCACGAUCCCAAAAUGCCCAAGCCGACUCCCUAGCAAAACUUGCCAGCUCCGCAGAUACUUCCGCGGCUCGUGAUAUAAUUUGGGAAGUGCUCCCUAACCCCAGCAUCAACUUCAUGGUCGAUACCAUCGACAGAUCUGAAACAUGGAUGGGGCCAUACGUUAAGUACUUGCGAGAUCAAAUGCUCCCCCAGGACGAGAAUCAAGCCAAAAUGCUCCAGAAGAAGGCCAAAUGGUUCGAACUUCACGAAGGAACGCUCUAUAAAAAGUCAUACACACAUCCCCUUCUGAAAUGUGUUGCUCCUGAAGAAGGAAACUAUAUCCUACGCGAAAUACACGAAGGUGGAUGCGGAAUACACCAGGGAGUGCGAACUAUCAUUAGCAAAGUCAUUAGAAGCGGAUAUUAUUGGCCUUCACUCCGGAAAGACGCGGAAGAAUUGAUCCAACGGUGUCCUGAAUGUCAGUAUCACUCAAAGAUAGGGAGGAAGCCCUCUAAUUACUUGACCGUCUUGCAAGCCGUCCUGCCCUUCGACAAGUGGGGUAUGGAUCUCCUUGGCCCCUUUCCACCAGCAAAGGGGCAGCGCAAGUUCAUCAUUGUGGCUAUUGAUUACUUCACCAAAUACGUAGAAGCAGAGGCUCUUAGUUCAAUCACAGACAAGCAAGUCUGUCAGUUCUUAUGGCGGAACAUCAUCACAAGAUACGGCAUACCGCGGGUGAUCAUAACGGAUAAUGGAAGGCAAUUUGUCAGCAAGAACACCAUCGAGUAUCGCGACACAUUCCACAUCCAAAUUAGAUUUAGUUCUGUGUCUAGGCCGCAAACUAAUGGUCAAGUCGAGUCCGCCAACAAGGAGAUACUAAAUGGUAUCAAAAAGAAGAUAGAAGGGGUCAAGGGCAAUUGGGAUGAAGAACUACCCGGAAUCUUAUGGGCCAGUUGA